AUGGUGCGCGCCAGAGACAGCUUGAGCGAGGUCCGCAAACAGGCCAUGAGAAACGAUCAGCAUGUGAACGACCUGAAUUACCAGCUGUCAUUUCUUAAAGAGAAGAUCAAGGAAGUUAGAGAGAAAGCGUCCAAGGUUAAGCUGUCGGUGAAAUCAGACGAAGCCGGUUGCUUGCGUUCGUACUUGUCGCCCGCUGCUCCCAGCGUAAGCAACGAAUUGCAUAUAGCCUACCGACCGUUAGACGGCGUGCCAGAUUCACUACUUUUCAUAACGCAGACGGAUAAGACACGCACCCGAAUGUCUGAAUACCUGGCCGUCGAACUGAGGAAUCGCCAGAUCAUCUUCCUGUGGAAUAUAGGUGAUGGCGAUCAGAUGGUCACUAACCUGAAGCAGAUUCGUUCGGUGGCUCGUAAGGACCGAAAUUCAUGGUACUUGAUCGACGUAAAAAGCGUCUACUCCGACAUGCACAUUAAAAUCGCUCGUGAGUAUGAAGGGCUCUGCAUUCGACACUUCGGACAGCGCAUACUCCACUUCCUGAUGGAAGGUAUCAUAUUCUCGUUCCAAAUUGAGCACAUAGACCUGUCCCCGAGGCUUCCGGCCAAUGAUUUUGUCUACGAGGUUGGGUUCUACCAGCGCAGAGCUUUGACGCUUCAUUUUCGAGUAUCCAACAACGUCGAGUUGGUACUUAUUUAA